GUACGUCCAAGACUUUGUUCGAUUGGAAGGUUUGCAUUCAGAUCAAUGGACCAGUCAUCCAACAACAUCGUGUCACACUCAAAGCGAGCCAUUGUCUCAAGCGUCAUUGUCUCCGCUGGGGGAAUCGGCGGCUUUCUGGCCUCGUUUAUAUUUAAUGAGCAAUCUGCGCCGGGCUACAUUCCCGGCAUCAUCCUCACUAUCCUCUCCCAAAUCGCCCUCUUGAUCAUACUGGCUUCGACCAGCCUCCACUUCCAUUCUCAAAACAAAGGGGCCCUCGGUAGCGAUAUGCUCCUGCAGGGCCAGCCAGGGUUCCUGGGGAAACUGUCACACUAUAUAUAUACCAGUCAAGCGCUUCCCAUGCAAAGAGUAGUCACAACGUCGCAAAGAACCAUUCAGCAGAGUCAUCCGUCCUGGUCCAGGGCAUUUCCAUUCGACUUGUCGGAUGUGCAAGGUGGAUAAAGAAAACCUAAAGACCGAAUAUAGCGGUUCGGACACAUUAGACUGCAGUCACUGGCGUAGAAGCAUGUACUGGAACUGGAUACUAGAACCGGCUCUGACACACUAGAGUUCAGGUCAACGAUGCGGAAAAUCCUUAGACUGCAAUCGCGUAAAACCUCCGAUUGAGAUGCACCGUGCGGAAGUAUAUAAUUGAGACCUGCUGAGAGAGAGACAGAGAGAUGAAAUAGUUCCGGAUCGAUCGCGCGGAAGCAGAAGAAUGGAGAGCAGUGGGUGAUGUGCAGUGGAGACGAUCGUGGCCAGUGGGACUCCAGCGAAGAGAAAGGCGGGUACUUUGUCAGGGGUCGCGGUGCCGAGGACUCCCCGUGCCGCUGAAGCUUGGACGCAAGCCUGACCUGGACACGACUACACAUCCCCGAAGAUAGGCCUGCGAUCCGUGAGGCUAAAGAGGCAGCAAUGAGACGAAUCGCGGAACCCUGGGCCUGGAGUCAAGUGGCUAUGUCAUUCGAUGGAAGAUCUCGGAGCGUUCUCGGUCGUUGUCUCCAGUCCAAGGUUAUCGGACUUGUUCUCCGUCGCUCGUCAUUGUAUAAGCAGUCUUAUUCAGUUCCGAGCGCGUCCAUGUAGAGCGAGCGUGGGUGAUAUAUGGGGAUGCGACGCGAGCAACAGACGAUCAGUUGAUGAGAAGGCCGGGAAGCUGCCAUUUAACGCCGAAGCAAACUUUGACGGGCAUCAUCCAGAUUCUAAACCGCAUUCACUUGGUUCCCUUCGUUUUUUCUCUCUCUGCCAUAUAAAAGUCGGUUCUACGAUGGCCGCCUUACCCAUGUCCCAUCUCAUUUGCCCCGACGCGCCGCUCCUCUCCCCUACCGAGUAUCACUUCGACAUGGACGCCCUCAACUUCCCUUACUACACCCUUUCCCCCUCGCCUCCGACGUCGGACGGCAGCGACUCUCCCCCUCCCCUGGCCCCACAUAGCAUGUUGAAGUUGCCGAUGGUGGACAACUUGAACUGUGUGCCCACCCAUCAGCUCUUUGACUACGCUCAGGGCUCACCGUCUCCAUCCGAGGCAUCGGGUUCUCCGCACCAGCCACCACGCCUGUCUAUCUCCAUCAACUCUUCCGCAUGUAAGCGCAGCAGCGCGUCGCCACCCCCACAAUCGAGGAAACGCACGGUCGGAGAACGCAUCCAUUCGAAGGACUUUAAACCCCCGGAUGUUACGGGUCUCAGCAAGCGCGAGGCUCGUCUCGUAAAAAACCGGGCUGCUGCAUUCCUGAGCAGGCAGCGCAAGCGUGAGGAGUUUGAGCUUAUGGAAGUCCGCGUUGCUGAACUCGAGCAGGAAAACGCACGGCUUCUGGCCCUAGCGAGUGGGUCUGAUGGAGCGCGACAGAGGGAGGAGUCGGGUGAGGGGCUGGUCUCUGAGGUUGAGCAACUCCGCGCCCAGCUUUUGGCAGCCGAAAAACGCGAGCGGGAAUUGAAUGCCGAGCUCAGCGCGCAGUCUGCCUCUCACGAGGCACCGACGGCCGUGAAGACUGAGCCUCCAGAGGCGCCGCUAUCGCUGACCCUGUCCCCGUCGCCGCGUCUCCCGUCCAGAACGGCGGCGAGUCUUGGAUUGAUG